AUGGCACAACCAUUCUCGCUUUUCCCCCGAUCAGGUGUUCCGAUCUUGUCUCAACCAAAUCCUCAUAAGCGGCAAGCCAGUCUCCAUGCCCCGAAGGGACUCUACGAUGACAGGCAGGAAAAGCAGGAGCCACUCCCACAUGGCGGUGCAAUUCCUCUUCACGACCGAGCACCGUCGCGUUCACGGACGCCCUCAGCAGAGAACAUUGGAGUGGCAGUGACGACUUCCUCGCCGCUGUACGGGGCCACACCGUCACCUAUUGUCACUGCCCCGCCCAAAAGGGAGGUCAUGACGCCGCCUCCACCCCCUCCGCCUGCUCCAGCAAAGGCAUACUCACCAAAAGUACCGUCUUCUGGCAGGUCCGGAUCUGUGACACUAGUCUGUCCUGACAACAGAUCCCCCGUUACACCAGUCGUUCCAUUCCGGUCCAUGUUCCCCACCUACAACCCAAAUGUCCCGCUUGCCCAGCAGAGUUAUUACCCUCAGCGUUCUUUUCCUGGUCGGUCUUCCAGUCUAUACUCCCGCAAUAAUGUUUCCCGACAAGAAUACCGCGACAGCAUUGCCACGCCCAUAGAUCGCCAGCUGGGUCAUCGAACCGCACCGCCUUCAGUAAUCAACUUCAAUGAUACAGCUAGCAUCAUGGCUGCACCGGUGUUCUCGUCGCAGAGGGAGCUCGAGAAGCUUUGGGCAGCCUCCCAUGGUACAGAACCCAAUAUGUUGAUCAAGACCUUUGACCUGGAAAUGGCAAGAACUUCUGAAGCAACGUUCACAUUCGGCACUGAUCCACAGUUUCCAUUUUACACGCUCAAGACAUUCGACACCAGCGAGAUUUCUGUCUCAAAGACCAAUCCAGUGAAACGGUCACAGGUGCACGAAAUAGUCAUGUCGUCUAUCGAGCCACCAGCCCGUCGGCAGGCUCCUAAUGAUGGCUUGAUUGCCUUCAUCUUUCCCAAGAUGGCUGCUAUGCUCGCUUUGAACCAAUCGGCAGAGCUAGCCAAAGCCCACCACUUGGCCCCGACAGACAAAGACGAGCUAGAGGCUUCUGCCAUUCGACGUGCCGCUGCACAAGAAGCCUGUCACCUUCGCUGGAAUGCGAGACACAACCGAUACGAGCUUGAGCACCCAGCUGUGGCCCGUCAAGCGCGCGACCCGAACUUUCUGAAGUCACCAGUGUCAGAUGACAAUGGAAGCAUGAUGCUCAAGAUUCACGACCCAAUGAUGCACAUUACUAUCUCUUCACCCACGGCAGAUUCCUCGCCAAUCAUCAACAUUAUCAAUCCCAACAAGGUAGGCCAGGUCGGCACCCCGCAGACUUCUGCUGGUGCUGGCAUACGCCUUUCCACCAUCCCUCAGUCCGACAGUGACCCAUCACUAAGCUCGCCACUAGCCUCUCUCGACCUGAAUACUCAAUCUCUGCAUAUUGAUGCCGAUCAGAUCUUGACGGUCAUGCCCUCACUGUUCAGCAUCGAUAGCAUAGUCUGCGCGCUCUUUGCAGUAGCCAUCGCAGACGAGAACACCAAUCCAGUCUUGGGUGGCCUACCAAUCUGGACGCCUCGCCCAAAAGCUCCCAUGAGUCAGUACGGCGGGAGUGUCAAAAGCUACAACGGAAGCCAGUACUUCGCGACGCUCGCAGAGCGAGAGGAGGCUGAAGGCGAGGCCAAGGAGAUGGCACGGGAGUUCAAGAAAGAUCUGAAAGACAACAAAUCGAGGAAGAUCUCAGCUUCGCCGCUCAGCUCUAUAGAUGAGAAAGACGACGCCGAGUCCCAACAGACUGAGCAUAGAGGCAGAACUUGGUAUGGUGCACGAAGGAAGCGCUCGCGGUCACGGGGGAAGAAGAGCAGGACGAAGAAGGUCGUGAUCGGAGAGUUCGAUCUGGAGAAGUUGGGUCGGUACCAGGCUGGACAGAGGGAAGGGCAGGAGUUGCCGGCGCCCGUUCGGUGGUUCAUGGAGGUGCUCGUGGCGAUGUUGCGAUGCGUCACAUGGUUAUUGACGACCAUCGUGAGCAUCAUCGUCUGGGUGCUUGUAAGACUGACGAGGUGUGUGACUAGCGAGCGUUUCUGA